AUGAUGAUCCAGGACGAAGACUACUUUAUCCCGCCCAAGAGCGGCCGGUACCGCUGGUACAAUGAACCCCGCCAAACCUCCAUCAGGUCGAUAAGAAUGACUGACGACAACACUGCAAUGAACGAUUCGAGCCCCUUGCUGCAACUGCCUCGAGAACUGCGCGAUGAGAUCUGGGAGCUGGCUUUCAACUCGACGAGGCUGACGUUCGGCCUGCGAUACACACCCCGCUAUGGCGAGAGGUAUCUCAAGCCUGCCCCACAUUCCCUCGCGCUAUUGCGCGUAUCCCGCCAGAUACACAUCGAAACACGCGACAUAUGGCUUCAGCGUGUUACUUUCAACUUUGAGGACCCUCAGACUAUGCUAAACAGACUCUCCGAAUUGCCUGAAUCUACCGUGUCCAAAAUCCGCCACCUUCGGCUCAUCGGCUCCCCAAUGAUGCGAUAUCUCAAAGGCUUCGACGACCUCAUGUACCGUCACGAAUCGAUCUUUCAGCUUCUCCCUGCGCUCCGACUGGACUGCCUGACCGUGUUUGCGGUAGCCGCUGCUGCACCGGAGUAUGACGCUAUCACAAACUUGAUCAACCGCGGGAACGGUUGGAAGGAGCUUCGUUAUGUCACUCGAAGUUCGCGCAUGCUCGGCUUCAGCCCCUCCAGGAGCCACGGAUCUCGCGAGACCGGUGACAUAUGCCGUCAGCCUCAGCCGAGGUUUUGGAACAAGAGACUGUGGAACAGGGAUGGGGAGGGUUCCGGGUCAAUCGUCCAAGUCUUCAGAUCGACAGAAGAGAAUGACUGCACGUCCGUCCUUGACCCAAACAGACGAGAGUCUUUCGAACAGAGCCCAGAAGAGCAUGAACUCCAGGGAUUCGGCAGGGUGGACGAUGAGGAUUUGACAAAGGGCGCUGGCGCUCGAAAGGCGCUGCUUGUCUUAGUGAAGCGCGGCGACAACAUGGAUGUCACUCAAAAGUCACCUGGUUACGGAAAAGAGAGGGACAUGAAAGCGAGAUUUCAUAAGAGAAGUUGGAGGGUGCGAAAGAAAGUCAUCGUUUGGACGCCACUAGAUGCAGAGAAGGACGACGAUGAUGUUGGCAACGGUUGGGCGAGACCUCAGAUCCGGCGUCCACCAUACGGCUUUGACGACUACUACGAUAUCGACGACAUUUGA